AUGCUUCAAACACGUUUCGAAAACGAGCAACUCAAUUCGUUACCAAAAACGUUAACAAAUAAUCGAUCACGAAAUGGUUUUAUUGCUACUAAUCGUCCAGACUCUGCACAACUAGUUGAUUUACAUGUAUAUAUUAUUCCAAAAUCUGUUUGGAAAAAUGUUCAACAUUUAGCACAAAAUGCAGCUAUGGAUGAUGCUAUAUCAGUUGGUUUUGUUCGAGUACCACCAGAUAUGAAACUACAUCAUUUACGUGAAUCAAUUGAACGAUUAUGUGACACUGAAAAUGAUUUUCCACGAGAUUUUAUUUUUCUUCGAUCUGUUGGAAGAUGUUUAACAAGAGUUAAACAAACACAAGAAGAUGAAUUAAAAGUUAAACAUUAUCGACCACCACUGACAUAUGCAUCAGAGAUUUAUCUCCUCGAAGGUCGUCAUGAAGAUUAUGCAUUUACACCGUCUGCUUCUCCAACAAUAUCUUCUGCUAGUUAUUUAUUUGGUCAUCGUCAUCAUGGUCGUUUGAAUCUUGAUGAUUAUGGUCAAUCACCAUCGAGAUUUUCUAAUUAUCAUCAUCGUAGACCACUACAUGAUGAAAAAAAAAAUUUACCGAAAACAAAUACAAACGAUUUAACAUCUCGUCUUCCAUCAUCAGGUAGACGAAAUUGGACAAAGUUUACACGAAACGAUUCAGACGAAUCAUCACCAAAGGAAUUAUUCAAAUUACAAGAGGAACAAGAACGUCUUCGUCGACGUCAAGCUGAACUAGAACAAUUGCGUCGAGCUGUUGAAGAAAAGAAACUUAAUCCAGAACAUGAAGAAGAAGAACGUCGACGUCGUCGUCGUCAAGAAAAAGUCGAAGCUGAGCGUCGUCGUUUAGAACAACAGACACGAGCUGCUACAAAAAUUCAAGCAUCAUUUCGUGGUUUUAAAGACCGUAAAACAUAUCAAAAGCUUCAGCGAAAUGUUAUAAAAAAUGAUUCUCGAAUUUCAUCAUCGAAAAGUAAUGCAUCCAAUAAAGAAUCAAUAAAAAAUGAGAAAAAUAUGAAUAUUAAUGAUGAUGAAUUUUCUGAUGGUCAAAUUUUAUCUCUCUCAUCAUCGAUUGAAUCAACAUCAGAUGUUGAUUCGAAUUCAUCUCGAACAGAAACUAGAACAAUAAAAAAACAAGAUACAGAAAGUAUACAUUCGAAUUCAUCAUCACCAUCAUCUUUAUCACAAAAAACUGAAAGAAAAAUUCAAUCGAAUAUAUCAUCUGAUUUAAAAACUAAUGUAACUAAUAACCUUGAUGAUGAAAAUAUACGAAGUGCAACAGUUACUAAAAUACGUUAUUCAGAAGACGAUAUUUUACCACUAGCAACACCAAAUAGUGAUGAUGAUACAUAUGAAUUAGCACAACAAGAGAUAGAAACUAAACGACGUCGACAGUUAGAAGAAGAAAAACGAAAAACCAAAGACUUAGAAGAACAACGAAAACGAAAAUUAACUCAACAACAACAUGAAGAUCCUGAAUCUCUUCGUAAUCGUCUUCAAGAAUUAAAAACUAAUCGUAUUGAUCUUGAAAAAACUCAUGGGGAAGUUAUCAAAAAUUUGAAAUAUGUGCAUAGUCGAAUAACAUUACGACGAGGAGAAGCACGUGAUAUGUGGAAAAAAAAAUAUUUUCAAGAAAAGAAAAAAACUGCAUCAAUAGAAGAACAAUCAACACAAUUAAAAACUGAAUUAGAUCAAAUAAAUAAAAAAAUCCUAGAUAUUAUUGACAAAGAAUCUAAGCAUUCAGCACAAACGGGUCAUUUAAAAUCAGCAGAAGAUUUCAUUUUACAAAUCACGCGUACUCAACAGGAAAUUCUGGAUAUUCGUCAUCAACUUGAUCUAGCAAAAUUACGAUUAACCACAGAUAUUAAAUUACGAAAUCAAGCUGAAAAUGAAUGUCGAACAUUAAAACAUGAACUAACCCAAGCUAAAAUGAAUUUAAAGCAUAUAAGAAAGCGUAUAGGAGUUUAA